CCCUGCCAAUUUAUGACGUCAUAUGUUUGGCCAGAAGAGGGAAGAGCUACCAGGAGCCUUCCUCUUCCCAAGUUACGUGUUUAAGUCACCCAAGCAUCGGUACAAAAUCCCAAGAGACGCCUCAUCGUCCGACCCAAGUUCGCCAUGUCGGCUCCGGAUCUCCACAUUCUUUUCGUUGCCGUCUUCGCCAGCGUUCUCCUCUUGUCUCGCUGCGACAUUGAUCGACCACAACAUGACGUCGCUCUGUUCAUCUUCGGCGACUCACUCUACGACGCUGGGACCAACAACUACAUAAACACUACUGCGUCUUACAGGGCAAACUUCCCUCCUUAUGGCGAGACUUUCUUCCGCUAUCCGACUGGCAGAUUCACUAACGGCCGUCUUAUGGCUGAUUUUAUUGCUGAAUAUGCGAAGCUACCACCGAUCCCAUCAUAUCUCCAGCAAAAGAACGGCGAAUUUGUGGGAGGGGCGAAUUUCGCAUCUGGUGGAGCUGGCGCUUUACCCGAAACUCACCAAGGAUAUGUGGUGGAUCUCGGGACUCAGCUCAAGCAGUUCGAGAAACUGGUGAAGGAUCUGAAGAGGAAGCUGGGGGACGAGAAGGCAAAGAGAAUGGUUUCGGAGGGCGUUUACAUGGUCAGCAUCGGAAGCAACGAUUACAUUUACCCGGUUGUCAACAAUCCAGCUCUGUUUCAGUCCAUUUCUAUGGAGGAUUACGUGGGGAUGGUGGUUGGCAACAUUAGUACUGUCCUUGAGGGUAUAUAUAAAGUUGGAGCAAGAAAAUUUGGGUUUUUGGCAGUUCCACCUGUUGGGUGCCUCCCAGCCCUUCGAUUGGUAACUGGAAAUGGUUCUUGUUUGAGACCGGCCAUCAAGCUAACGAAGCUUCACCACGUAGCUUUUCCCGCGACUCUCGCCAAGCUAGAAUCUCAAUUGCAGGGAUUCAAGUACUCCCUCUUUGACGUGUACACUUCCUGGAUUGAAAGAAUCCAAUACCCAUCAAAAUAUGGUUUCAAGGAAGGAAAUCGGCGUGUUGCGGCUCGGGUCCCUACGGGGGGAACAAUAGCUGCGGAGGCAUGA